CUGCUUGUGUUGGAUUUCUGGCACCAUCUGUAACUGUCUGUGUAAUCUCAAAUAAAAAAACUGAAGACUCAGUGAAAGACUUCUAAAAUGCAGACUUCCAGCUCUAGGCCUGUGCACCUAAGUGAGUGGCAGAAGAAUUACUUUGCAAUUACAUCUGGCAUAUGUACAUCAGGACAGAAGGCAGAUGCAUACCGUGCACAGAUAUUACGCAUUCAGUAUGCAUGGGCAAACUCUGAGAUCUCCCAGGUCUGUGCUACCAAACUGUUCAAAAAAUAUGCAGAGAAAUAUUCUGCUAUUAUUGAUUCUGACAAUGUUGAAACUGGCUUGAAUAACUAUGCAGAAAACAUUUUAACUUUGGCAAGAUGUCAACAAACUGACAGUGACAAGUGGCAGUCGGGAUUGUCAAUAAAUAAUGUUUUCAAAAUGAGUAAUGUACAGAAGAUGAUGCAAGCUGGCAAAAAAUUCAAAGACUCUCUGUUGGAUCCUGCUGAUGCAUCAGUAGUAAUCCAUAAAGAGGCCACUGUGUGUGAUCUUCCUAAAUUCAGUGUUUGUUGUGGUUAUGGAAAGAGUGACAUAUUACCUCAUUCAACUCAUGAUACAGAUAGGACCCAGGACAUCCCAGAGAGCAAUCCUUUGAAAUGCUUUCAGAGUGCCCAACCAUCUGUGGUGACUGAUACCAGUAGGACUUGUCCUACAUUUUCAGUGCCUUUAGGUGAUUCAGCCGCUGCAAAAUUCCAUGCCACACCAUUGUUUGGAAAUGUGAAAAAGGAAAAUCACAGCUCUCCGAAAGCCAACGUAGGACUAAAUAUUUUCUCAUCUAAUCAGUCUUGUUUUCCUUCUGGCUGUGAAAAUCUACGAGAAAGGAAGGCUUUUUGUGGUUUUGGCACCAUUGAUGCACUUUCCAAUCCAAUACUCAGUAAGGCUUUUAGUAAAACAGAAGAUAAUGGUCAAAAGGAGGAAAGCAGCUUGCCUACUUUUAAAACUGCAAAAGAACAAUUAUGGGUAGAUCAGCAAAAAAAGUACCACCAACCCCAGCGUGCAUCAGGGUCUUCAUAUGGUGGUGUAAAAAAGUCUCUGGGAGCUAGUAGAUCCCGAGGCAUAUUUGGAAAGUUUGUUCCUCCUGUACCUAAGCAAGAUGGGGGAGAGCAAAAUGGAGGAAUGCAGUAUAAGCCUUAUGGGGCCGGACCUACAGAACCAGCACAUCCAGUUGAUGAGCGUCUGAAGAACUUGGAGCCAAAGAUGAUUGAACUUAUAAUGAAUGAGAUUAUGGAUCAUGGACCUCCGGUAAAUUGGGAAGAUAUUGCAGGAGUAGAAUUUGCUAAAGCCACAAUAAAGGAAAUAGUUGUGUGGCCCAUGAUGAGGCCAGACAUCUUUACUGGUUUACGGGGACCCCCCAAAGGAAUCCUGCUCUUUGGUCCUCCUGGGACCGGUAAGACUCUUAUUGGCAAGUGCAUUGCCAGUCAGUCUGGGGCAACAUUCUUUAGCAUCUCUGCUUCAUCCUUGACUUCUAAAUGGGUAGGUGAGGGGGAGAAAAUGGUCCGUGCAUUGUUUGCUGUUGCAAGGUAUCAGCAACCGGCUGUGAUAUUUAUUGAUGAAAUUGACUCCCUGUUGUCUCAACGGGCUGAUGGUGAGCACGAAUCUUCUAGAAGGAUAAAGACUGAAUUUUUAGUCCAGUUAGAUGGAGCAACCACAUCUUCUGAAGAUCGUAUUCUAGUGGUGGGAGCAACAAAUCGGCCUCAAGAGAUUGAUGAGGCUGCUCGGAGAAGACUGGUGAAAAGGCUGUAUAUUCCCCUCCCUGAAGCUUCAGCCAGGAAACAGAUAGUAAUUCAUCUCAUGUCAAAGGAACAGUGUUGCCUCAGUGAAGAAGAGAUUGAAUGGGUUGUACAGCAGUCUGAUGGGUUCUCUGGAGCUGACGUGACACAGCUUUGCAGAGAGGCUUCUCUUGGUCCUAUUCGCAGUUUACAGACUGCUGACAUUGCUACCAUCACACCAGAUCAGGUUCGACCAAUAGCUUAUAAUGAUUUUGAAAAUGCGUUUAGAACUGUGCGACCUAGUGUGUCUCCAAAAGAUCUAGAGCUUUAUGAAAACUGGAACAAAACUUUUGGUUGUGGAAAGUAAAUGGGACACUUGAAAUUAAAAUAUGGCAUCUUUAUAGUAUAGUCUUUCUCAUUUUGUAGCAUAGGAAGCUGGGGAUGUGUUAAUUGUUUUUGAGAGUAUAUUUUGAAUUUUUUUUUUUACCUCAAAUAACAGCAAUAGCUCAGAUUUUACAAGUGAUUGGCAUAGCUUAUGUUAGUAUUUGCCUCCCAGUUAUUACCUGAUGUGUAAGCCUAUUUAAAGAAAAUGGAUUUUUUGUUUUGUUUCUGAGAGGUUUAUCUUUUGAACAUGAAUAAAAUAAAUAGCUCAGAUUGAAACUUUUUUUUAAAUGUGAAGAUUAAAUUUACAUAUGAGGGUGUAUAUUCAUCUUUUAUUGAAGAAAGUUCCUUCUGAGGGCCACAUAAUUCUUAAUGUUAGGUAGGAUAAUGGUUUACCUUUGAAACAGCUUUGCUUACUGCUAUUUAAAUAGGCUUAAGAUCUCACCAAAAGCUAGAAUGAAAGUGCCAGUUUUUACUUUCUUUUUGUUUGUGACUUCUUUUAUGGUUUUCUUCCCUUACCAGGAUUAACCCAUAAAAACAUGUUCAGAAAUAGCAAGGUAUCAGAGACAUAUCCACAGAACUGAAAGGUGAAGAAUGUAUUUUUUCAGAAAGUAUAUGAUGUUUAACAUUAAUAUUUUAUUUAAUACUUCAUAGCCUGUAGUAUUGCUCUCUUUCAAAAAUAAAUGUUUUCAGGUUUUUAUAAUAGACUGUUUCAUAAAUAAUACAUGCUCAUUGUAGAAACAUUAGAGAUAAAAAGUAAAAUAUCAGUUAUCCUAUCACUUUGGGGGACACACUGUUAAUAUUUCAGUACAGAUUCUUCCAGAUGUUUUAUACAGGAGUGAGAUUGUGUUAUGCAUUCUCUUUUGUAGCCUAUACUUUUCCUUAAGUAUAUCAUCAUUUUCUAUGUUAACAUAAAUGUCUACAACAUCUUCCCUUAUACAAUUGCCUUAGGUUCCAUUGUAUGGAUGAGCUGUAAUUUAUUUAGUCUUCUGUUAGAAGGUAUUUAGGGCAGGACAUUAUAUUUAUCUUUUGUUUAUCAUAAACAAAAAUAUGUUGAAUGCCAUUUAGUGAUUAUAUUAAAAAAUAUAUAAAUUUCUUGAGUAAAAUUCUUGGAUUAAAGUGUAUGCACAUUUUUA